GUCGGCCGCCGCUAGGGGCUGGGGCACAGUAACAGACUGGAAAGGCAGGUCACAUGUCUAUCAUCAUGGCCCAACGACAUCCCCAGAUCAGAUUACUGGGAAUUCCAGUAAGUCAUGAUGAACCAGCCUUAGGAGUGAAAGACACAAGGUCCGCGAAGAAACCGUUCCUUCUUUACUCGCUGACAAGCAGCAAGAGCAUGAGAAGCUCAGCCACACAGUGGCACCGCCAACACAUCCAGAACGACGCAGUUGCUGAUGAGAGUGUCUCGUCCGCCAAGCCCCCAAGAGACCCAUCGUCAGAGCAAAACCCUGUCUUGGCGGUCUUAUAUUCUAUUUUUGGCCGACGUGUUUCUGCGGUUGGGACUUGGGAAUGUUGGAGCCGUUGUGUGGAUUCAAUUCGUAUAAAAAAUUUAGGGAGAUGCGGGCUUUCUUCUUCUGCACUGCAGACGUGGAAUCUUGCAUGUCGUGUAGACAACGUCCUUGCUUUCCAUCUUUCGUGUCGCAUGUGGCGGGGUGGAACGUCAAUGCCGGCUCUUUUGCCGCGCGGGUCGAGGUCCCUUACAGCAGGCGGGGCCGAUCGUGAUGUCGAACGUCAUGGCUUACCUGCAGCUACUCGUCCAGUGUUGCAGUUGGUUGGAAGCUUAACUGCAAGUUAGUCUGCGCUCUGUGUGGCUCGCACCUGGAAGAGGGCGUCUUGUAGAGGUGUGCUUGGGCGUACCAGGUUCUGUGUUGAGAAGUCGGUCAAUUGCAAAGACAGAAACGACAGAUGGGUGUUGUUUCAGGCCUCAGACCCGCGCCGUGGAUUCGCGUUGUCCUCUGUUCAUGGGUCUGACCGCUACACGUUGCCUUGGACAACAGAAGCACAACAUUAAGACGGCCC